AUGGCGGACGGCUGGAGAGAAGUGUUCGAGCGAGGCCGGCUGGUCCCCCCCCCCAGCCACACGGUCCGCCUGGCUGCGGAGAGCCACCUCGCCCGGUCCCACGGCUUCCAGCUCAGCCUCAGCCGGCUAACAGCAGCUCAGCCUCCGCAGUCACCAGAGAUGCCAGAGGCGGAACAAGACCUGACCUACCAGCUGCGGGCGACCCUGUUUGAUCAAAAUCACCAGCACUUCUUUGGGAAAACCUGGAAGAGUUCACCCCAGAAGAUGAAAAACAGCAAGAUCUCCUUCAACGAGGUCCUUUACUUCCAUACGUCUCUGCGGUUGCCCAGCACAGUGGUGGUUGUGGAGCUGGUGUCGUUGUCACCUAGACCAGACAGUUCCCAGCAGGCCCUGGGCAGAGGCUUCACUGUGCUGGAGCUUUUCACCAACAGGCCAGAGGCUCAGGCUGCUGAUGGCAACAGAAGGAUAUAUUGGCCUGGCGGGGGGGGGAAGCCUUGCGGCCCGCCAGGCCUAUACAGCACUGGGGGAAACCCUGGUCUUUACUCUAAAGGCCCAGGGUCAUACACAGACCGCAGUCUUUUGAAGACUAUAGAUGGCACACAUUUGGACUGUGUGGUAAAAAAACAUCCUGCAUUGGAUUCCAUGAUGCACCUCCUUCCAGAGAAUAUCCUUGUAUCCGGAGAUGAGAACAUUCCUGGGCUUGCAGCUUCUCCAACAGGAGAUGCUCUGCUGAGGCCUCAGCUGCUCAAGAUGCUGCCCUUCACCCUGAGCAGACUGACCAUCUCCCUCCAGCCGUCCCUAGAGAAGUUUGAGAGCCAGCUGCUGCAGCUGAUCAAUGCUGACUGCCACAACACAAAACAGCCUGGACCUGAAGGGACACAGAAGGCAGUUGUCAUCCAGGAAAGGAGGCUCCAUGUCGGUGUCCACAACGGCUGGUGUUUCCUCGACAAGCCCCAAGUGGUGGUGCUGGAGCCCCUGGCCUCCGGAGGCAGAGGGCGAGCAGACAGCACCUCCAAACAAAGCACCCUGGACCGCUCUGCAUCCUCACCACUCCCUCAGAUUCUGGGCCUUCGCAGCAGCCUGGAGCUCAAGAUGACCAAUCAUCAGGCCUUGGCAAUUGUCUUCCAGCUGGAGCAUGUCUUCUCUGCUCCGAUUGGGCGCGAGACUAUGCUGUCCGCCACUUCCUCAUCCCGAGGAGCCUUCUUGCAGUGCCUUCGUUGGGGGAUUUUUUUCCCCUUCCAGCAGCCAGCUGACUGGAGAGGGGAAGAGAUACAGCUUGUUCUGCAAGGAGGUGCAAAGUCAAACCCUUACGGAGUCAUGGUCUACAGCACAGAGAUGUCUGCCAAGACUCCAAGCUCGGUGCCACUCUCAGCUCCAGGCACAGCUCAGGUGAAAGAUACCUUAACUUUUCGGCUGUCGUCUGGUCUGGAAAGGAAGGGAUCCAGCCCGAAGGCGUCUCUGAGGUCGAAGCGGGAAGACGUGUCACACGAGAGGAGAUUACCCUCAUCACCCUCACAUGGUCAAAAACUCCUUGCAACAGCUUCUCCACCAGAUUCUCCUCAAGGCCCAAAGCUCUCACUGUCUCAGCUGGCAGCUGCACCACGCUACCCGACCAUCAGCCACUCCAGCUCGGCGUUGCCGUGGCAACAGUCGUUUCCUUCUCUGCUCCAUCCUUCCCUGUUGGCAUCAGCCCACCAGCUGUCACAUGUCGCCUGCUCAGCUGUCAGCAACAUUGCCCACCUGGAGAUGGACCUUCAGCGGGAGGGAGAUGUCUCAACUUCAGCUCAGAGCGAAGGAGACCAACUUGAGGAGCUGCCUUUCACCCCAGUGCACGCCCCUGUCAUCACUCUGGGGAUGACUGUGCCCAGUUCCUCCUCAGUCAGUUCCAGGAGCUCCCUCGCCCACCUCUACUCCGCUGGCUUCCCGGAGAUUCUAGACUAUAUUGAGCAGGUGGCGGAGGUCCUGGACCCCACAGAGCCGGUGCCCUUUGACCCCCAGCGUGAAGAGGCGGACCUUCUACAAGGAAACCUGCUGGUGUUUCAGUUUCUGGCGUUUACCAGGAUACCAGCGCUGGGUGUUGGUCCUGAUUGGCCGGACAACAUCCACUUCACCUUCCAGUUCUAUCGCUUCCCACCAGUGACAUCGCAGAAGCUCAAACUGCUGAAGAGCGACAAGGUUCAACAGAAACGUUGCGAUCCACUUCCCUGUGUCAUGGCCUCCAUCAACAGAGAUGGAACUGUCAACUCUGGCUCUCCAGGUCUGCAGGUGCAGUUCAGAGUGGAUGAUGGUUUCCUGAGGCCAGGAGAGAAGCGCUGGUUCCUUCGCUACCUGGCUCUUCACACCAUGCACAUCGACAUCUGGGACAGCGACUCACUGCUCCUCAUAGGAUCUACUGCCAUCGAGCUUAAGUAUAUGUUGCGGCAGGGUAAGUCAGCCGUGCAGGCGCUUCACGAGGUGGAGGUGCUGACCACAGAUUACGUGGGAGAUGACUCCCUGCUGAUGAGUGCGAGUUUGGACCAACACUCAGCCUCCAGCCCCAUGACCAUCCGCACCAUUGUCAGGGGCCGUCUGCACAUACGCACAGGCAACACUGGGUGUCCAGAAGAUCCCACCAGGAGGAGGGCAGGGGACGUGAUGCUGUCUCCUUCCCACAUCAUAACACCUCGCCAAGUCACCAGUGGCUUCAGAGGAGGGAGCCUGUCGUCCAGAAACAUCCUCCAACUCAACGCGAGGAACGCCGCACAGGCUCACAGGCUGGAGAUGGAUGGGGUUCACGUGCCGUUGUACAGACACAGGAUCAGACCUGACAGCGUCAUGCCGGGGGAGCUCAACCUAAACGAGCCCAACGGUGGGCGCCGCAAAUUGGACUGCAUGGCCGCCGUGCGUCAGCGAGAGGCCAAGGAAGGUGUACAAGCAGCUAAUGUCACGGAGCAGAGCUCGGAGGCCCACCUGUCCAGAGAACUUCUUCAGAUCCAACUCAGCGAAGAGCGCAGCAGGUCGGACGGCAUCGCCAACAUGCUGGGCCAGGCCAUCACCACCCAGCACCUCCUGUAUGCCAGCCUGGGCUGCGCCGAGUACAUGGAGUUUGUCCUUAAAAACCCUUUUAAUGUACCUCAGACCGUCACCAUCCAGAGUGAUGACCCUGAUCUCAGUGUCAUCACCAACACAGAUGAGUGGCGAUACUUCAAAGCACUAACCCAAACUCCCACUCCGCUGGAGGAGAACAUGUUCCAGUGGGAGCAGGGUGCUCCGGGUCCCAGGGUUUACCUCCGGCCCAAGGAGAGCAUCCAUAUUCCCCUGAAGUACCAGUGCUUCCUCUGUGAUCACACCAUGGCCCCUCAGGGACCGAGCUUCUUACCUACAGGCAAAGGCUCUCAGAUGGCCAAGAAGAAUCAGUCCAACAUUGUUGCUGCCAAAACUAUCAAGGUUUCUUUCAAAGCAGACGACGGCAAACCGAUGGCCAUCUGCCAGGUGAACGUGGAGCCGACGCCCCACGUCGUCAACCAGACAUUCCGACUCUACCACCCUGAGCUCUGUUUCCUGAAGAAGGCCAUCCGCCUGCCGCCCUGGCACGACCCCACAGUCGAGGACCCAGAUGCCAGGACCAACAUUUCUGUUCGCUGCAGUGACCCCAACAUCGUCUGCCAGACGAGGAUGCUGGUGCCAGGGGAGCCUCAGGAUGUGUACUUGAAAGUGCCAGGGAGUCCCAGUCCUCACAUAAAAAUGUUCUUUGUGAUGGUUUUCACUGAUAAGUGGAUGGCGGCGCCCUCGCAGAUGUGGCAGAUUUACGUACAUUUCUUGGAGCGGGUGGAUGUUAGCUGUGUGACUGGCCAGCGGACCUGUCAAUCACUCGUGCUGAGGGGAAGACAGACUGUUCGCAAGGUCAAAUGCUUCUCAUCCCACCCCAAGGAGAUCCAGGUGGAUCCAGAGGGUGUAUUCGUUCUGCCGCCCUCAUCGGUGCAGGAGCUCCAGCUGAAGGUGCAGCUGUGGCGGGCCGGCAGCCGCUUCCUGUACGUGAACGCUGUGGACGUGGAGAACCAGCGGCUGAUCACCUCCUGGCUGCUCUGUCUCAAUGUCCAUCAGCCUGUGCUGUCAAAGGCAUUUGAAGUGUGUGUCCCGGUUGGUGGAGGGCGUGGCAGCUCCAAAAAAAUCACCUACAUCAACCCGUACACCAGCGGUCGCACGUUCCUGCUCCGCUCGGACCAUCCGGACCUGCUCCAGUAUAAAGAGGACAAAUUCCAGGUCAGUGGAGGAGAGAGCUACACCAUCGGACUGAGAUUUGCUUCCAGCCAGAGUCCGGGCUCAGUGAAGAUCCAUGUCUACGUGAACAACCUGGAGGAGAAGACGGAGGAGACCUUCGUUGUGAAUGUCAACUACUCAUGAACUUUUCCACUAACAGAAAUGUGCUGUAUCUUUUCUACUCAGUUUAAAAUUUGAUUUCUUAUUUGAUCAGAUUUCAGAGUAUUUUACUGACUUUUCUUUGUUUUGUCUGUAAGUAUGUUUGUAUAAAUAAAAUGUAUGAAAUCAA